UUUGUCCAUGACCGUAGGUACGUCCGUUUGCUGAGCUUCUGCUGGAAGGGGAACACACUUUCCAGUUCUUCGCAACCCUCCACUCGCUCCACUAACAACUGGCGACAACAGCCAGCAACGAAUAACGACACCGAGACACUCGCAGAGAUCCUUCUGGCAAGCGAGAGUGAGGUCUCACUAUCAGCUCUCAUACGUUCUUUAGUUGGUACAAUAACAGCAAUAAAAAUCGUGACCAAUUGUUACGGACUUAUCAAUGACGCGGAAAAAGUUUUAAAAAGACAGAAAAAAACACUACGACAACAUUUUUAUUGCUCGCGUGUGUAAUAAAAAUUUCUGGUGUUUACGUUACGUAUGAUGACAGUGAAGAGAUCUUCGUGUGUGCAUGUAUGCAUGUAGAGUACCCUGUAUAUAAUACGGUGGUGGUGGUGUGCGUCGGUACAGGCACGGCGGAGCAACGGCGCCGUCGUGUUAUCAGCAUCAGCAGCAGCAGCAUCAUCGCAGCAGCGGGAGUCUCCCGGGUCGCGCCUGUGAUGCAGUGCAGCACCGCUUACAAUCACCAGCAGCAUCAGCAGUAGCAGUCAGUAGCUGCCAGCCAGUUAGUUAUACGUACCUAUAAGUACCUACGUACACAGAGGUUGAGAGUGCGAUGUAGGGGAUCGUUUUUCCUAUUUUUGGGAGUGACUGACUGACAUAGCGUCGACGGGAUUGUAGCGGAGAUAUAGUUGUGUGUUUUUCUCGAUCUUAUCAUCAUCGCUCACCUCAUCCCUUAUUUAAUCGUCCAUCGUGUGACCCGGGCGCCUCCUCGUCCUCCUCUUUCUCCUCUUCCAGCGUGAUAUUUUGCUUCUAUCAUUAUUUCUUUACUAAUUAGUCGCGAGCUUCACGUACGAACUCAACCAACACACCGACGGACGUAAUUAUUAUUCAGGAACAUAAGUGCCCGGGGUAGAUGAAAGUGGUGGUGUUAGGCGAAGGGUUACUGUUGUUUUUGUUACUGUUGUUGUCGUCGUGCAGAUGUUGGUGCUGCUGCAGGGGAGGAUGUUCGACUCAACAACUCGAACGAUGUCGUCGUGUGGCCGUUUAGUAACCGUACUUAGCUUCUUGACUGCGACGGCUGUUUCGGCUCAACAACAAUACUUUAGAGUGCAGCCGCACGAUGUGAAAGUUCAAGAAGGGGGCGAAGCCCUGUUGGAGUGCGAAGUGGGAAAUUUAGCGGGACAAGUCCAAUGGACUAAAGACGGCUUUGCUUUAGGUUUUCUGACGAUAAUACCAGGCUUCCCACGGUACUCUGUAAUAGGAGAUCGAAAUCACGGUGUCUACAACUUGAGAAUCAGCAACGCAUCAUUGGAAGAUGACGCCGAGUACCAGUGUCAAGUUGGACCUGCACGACUACAAAAAGCGAUUCGCGCCAAUGCACAACUUACUGUUAUCUCACCCCCAUCCUCCGUAGAGAUUUUAGACCAUCCUCAUAAUUCAAAGAUAGAAAUUAAAGAGAAAGAACAACUGACCCUUGAAUGCCGAGUUAGAAAUGCCAAACCUGCUGCCAAAAUAGUCUGGUAUCGGGGCAAUAUAGCUUUAAACAUACCGAACCGGGAAGACGAUACUAUUGAAGUUUCGUCAAGAGUUGGAGUGAAAAAAGUCACCAGAUUUGACACACACUCACGUAUAACAAUCACACCAACAUCCGAAGACGAUUAUGCAGAAUAUACUUGUGAAGCACACCAGGAAGCUCUAUCACCUGAUGUCCCAAUGAGAACAUCAGUACAUUUAAGCGUUUUAUAUCCACCGGGACAACCUUACAUAGAAGGAUAUUCCGAAGGGGAGACGGUACGGAAGGGAACCACGGUGGAAUUGGUUUGCAAGAGUAGAGGGGGUAAUCCUCCAGCUCAAUUAAUCUGGUACAAAAACGGAGAACAGAUCAGAAUGGCUUAUCGAACUGCUGGCAGGGUUUCCGAAAACAUUUACGCAUUUACUGCUGAAGCUGGAGACAACAAGUCGCGAUAUAAGUGCGAGGCCAGCAAUAUUAUGUCUGUCAAACCUUUGAAGGCUGAAAUUGACCUGACUGUACUCUUUUCACCUGCUCACGUAACCAUUACCGGUCCAACGGAAGCUAGGGUAGGAGACGUAGUCCCUCUGACGUGCACCACUGCCAAUAGUAACCCGCCAGCUGAUAUAAAGUGGAUGGUGGGGGGUCGCCAAAUGAGAAAUGCCACCUCACGAACUACCGUUUCGCCAGACGGUGGUUGGAUCACGAUAUCAAAUAUAACCGUCCAAGUGGAACCUAAUAAGAAAAGUCUGGUCGUAAUAUGUCAUGGGGUCAACAUGCAACUUACAGAGAAUGUAGUAUCGACACAUACAAUUAAUGUUUUAUAUCCUCCUAGUCAGCCUUUCAUUCAUGGGUAUACAAAAGGCACUAGUGUGCCUGUGGGAACCGUCCAAAGAAUUUCGUGUACUUCAUCAGGGGGUAACCCUCUAGCAACGAUGACAUGGUACCGAAAUGAUAAAAAGAUUAAUUCAAAGAUAAAAACUACCGAGAAGUCUGUGACAGCUGAGAUAGAAAUAUUAACAAACUAUACCGACAACGAAUCUAGAUAUAGAUGUGAAGCAACGAAUCCAGCAACUGAAAUACCUUUAUUUGAAACCAUAACCAUGAGUGUUUAUUUCCCCCCUGAAACAGUAAAGAUUCGUGUGGAACCAGAAGUGUUGAAACCAGGAGUGGAAGCUACAUUGAUAUGCGACUGUAGUUCCAGCAAUCCCCCUGCAAAAUUAUCAUGGUGGAGGGAAGGCAUUCCUGUUCAAAGUAUGUCUAAUUCGACGAAACCCGGCCUGCAUGGGGGAAAAGUUUCUUCCAUCGAUCUGAAACUAAACAUCACUGAAGAUAUGAACGGAAUCGUGUACACGUGUCAAGCUUCAAACGAGGUACUUCAAAUAUCAGCACAUCAAGCUUUCCCUUUGAAAGUACUUUAUAAGCCGGUGUUUGAGAAGAACAUUGAAGAAGAAGUAUAUGGUAUUGAAGGGGAGCCUUUAAUUAUAACACUACAAGCAAAUGGAAAUCCUACCUCAGUUACGUAUACUUGGACAAAGGAUGGUCUUCCUGUAGCACAAAUGGCUUCCAGUUCCGGAAUGGACCGCAUAGUUUCCGAUGGGCCUAUACUAAAUAUAACGAAACUGAAUAGACAUGACGCAGGUACCUACUCUUGUGAAGCACUAAACUCUCAGGGAAGUUCCGUAGCACAAGUUAACGUCAGCGUCGAAUAUCCUGCUACUAUAAUGUCUGUGAGUGAAAAUGUGGUAGUCAGUCCAGAGGAAGACGCAACAUUGUGGUGUUCGGUUAGUGGGAAUCCCUUAAAAGACGAUACCGUUGCUUGGAAGAGAGUAGGGUUCGAUUUCGAAGGAAGGGCAGUAAUAACGUAUGAUAAGAAUAAUCGGACGUCGUGGUUACAAAUAAAACGAGUAACACGUGACGAUCUAGGCGAAUUUCAAUGCAUUGCUCAAAAUGGAAUUGGAAAUUCUUCUGUUAGAGAUGUGAUGCUCAUUGUUAAACAUAAGCCGGAAAUGGACAAAAGUCCUGCACUACAAAAAUUCGCCAGUGACACCGGAAAUUCUGGAAGAUUAAUUUGCAGGACUCGCGCUUCUCCUUUGCCUCGGUAUUCGUGGGCAAGAAAUGGGAGUCCUAUUGCGGCAAAUGUUUCCGGAAAGUAUUACAUGGCAUUCCGACAGAUAGACAUAUUAACAUCCGAAUCUAUAUUAAUAAUAUCACAUGUAACAUCAUCCGAUUACGGGAAUUAUGAGUGCGUCGCGAAAAAUGAGCUUGGAUUCGCCACGAAUACGCUUCGUUUGGAAAUAACCUCUGCCCCCGACCCUCCGGAGACUUUAACGGUACUAAAUGUUACUCACGACUCCGCCACAUUGAGCUGGAGCCCUGGUUUUGACGGAGGUAUGGAAGUCAGAUACCGUAUAAGGUAUAGGAAAAUAAAUGAAAAUGGAUACAAAUAUGAGGACGUUACGACCCCAAAUGUUACAUAUUAUGUGAUAAAAGGCCUAGAAACGGACACUGCUUACACAUUUUCUAUAAUGGCUUCUAACAAAUUGGGCGAAAGCAAAUAUUUGCCUGAUUUAGUAACAGCAAAAACUACAACUCACGUUACCGACACCGUUGAAAAGGUUAUUCCAGACGAUUUAUUAGAAAAACAAGAUCUACCGCGUAUCGUCAUUAUAACAGUUUCAGUCAUAGGAGUCGUUCUUUUAUCAAUUAAUAUCGGCCUCGUUGCUGGUUGUAUAUUCAAGAAACACGCAAAACGUAUACGAGAGCAAAACAAUCAAAACAGCAAAUCAGCCACCAUAGAAAUGUAUGCACCGAGCAGCUAUAAUGACACCGUUACUGGGGAAACGUUAUCAUCCCUUAGUGAAAAAAGCGAAACAUACAGCAAUGAAGGAAGCAACGAUUACGUUGACGAUAAUCGUAAACAGGCAACCAGUACAUAUUUGAUGGAACACCAAGAUUAUAAUGCAGCUUAUACUGCAUAUCCUGGUUAUGAAAUGCAAAUACAACCGAGUAUGCUAAAAACACAUACGUUACCUCACCCCCACCAUCAGCAACACAUAGAUAAAACUAGACCCAGGGACGAUCAAAAUUUACAUUACCACACAGGAAAUCUUUCAGCCAAGUCAUCUUAUAUAAGCGCCCCCUCCCCGGCUCCUCCCGCCGACGGUUCGUAUUUUAACGUUGCUGACAGGUACCUAUCUUAUCCGCCGUCUUUAGACUUUCCCAAUCACGAUCACCACCAUCAUCGGGCCCCGGGGCCUCCGGCGGUCCCACCUUUUCCCCAACACGUUGCUCUCGCGCCGUCGCCACUUCCGGUAACGCAAAACGGCUCCUUGAUACGUGGUGGAGGUCAAAAAGGUCUUGGAACUGCAUCUACCGUUCCGCCACCGGAUGUUUUACAUAACACGAGUCAGGGAGCGCAAAAUAUUUCGCAGAAGAAACAGGAAAUGUCAAGUUUCGGUUAUUACAGUGCAAACGAACCGCAGGACGGACAUCUUGUUUGAAAUGCGGUCGAAGAAACUCUCGAAAGACUUUAAAAAGAAAAACACGUAUGUUUAAAGUACAAAAAGGUCGUACCGUAACAAAUUGUUUGCUUGUUGAUGAUGGUGUUUACAAAGAUGGUAUUCAAGACUCAUUUAAGAAAAAGUGAAAUGUUUUUAAUCGUAGGAUAGACGACAAGAGGUCAUUUAACGUUAUUGAUUAUUGUGUAAGAAUUGUUGCAGAUAUUUUUGAUCCGUUUUUUCUUCAAACAGAAAAACAAGAAUAAUAACUGAUAGGGUGAAAGAAAAAAAUAAUAAAUAAUCGUCGACAGUACUAAGCAAUACGAUUAAAUUAAUCUUAUUGCAUUUGUUAAUAAACGAUUGUCGUUCUCUGUGUAUGUACUAGAUGCUAAAAUGUGAUCUGAAACCUAGCAAUAUGUGUGAAAUAAAGAAAAACGUUGCAUUACU